AUGACGCGCCAAAGCCGGGAACGGCGCGCGGUCGCCUGCGAGGGAGGCCAGGCGGCAGCGCGCGCCGCCGCCUCGCCCCCGCACUACGACGCGGACGAGGAGCGCCGCUUCGAGGAGGUGGUCUACCUCCACUCCCUCUGCCGCAGCGGCCCGUCCGCCCCCGCCGGGGAUCCCGCGCCACCCGCCGGAGUCUCCCGCGCCACCCGCGCCCGCGCCGACCAGCGGAAGCGACGCAGGAUCGAGCGCGCCGCCGAGGCCGAAUACGGCGGCCCCGACUGGUCCCUCGCGCCCGCCCCCACGGCCCCCUCCUCCUGGCCCAACUCCACUCCCGUCUCCCCCGCGCCCAGGCCGCAGCAGCAGCCUUCCACCGCCUCUCUCGCGCAGCGGGACGCCCUCCGCGCCGCCGAGGAGUUCUUCUCCAGGCGCGGCGCCUCGGGCGAGGACUGCAACGAGGUUGAGGGGCCCGAGUCGGAAGACAGCUGGGACGAGGUGGCGGGGUUCUUCCUCGGGCUCUUCGAGCGGGACGCCGCGCUGCGGGGCUACUACGAGCGGAGCCACAGGGAGGGGGAGUUCGUGUGCAUGGCGUGCGUGGGGAGGAAUGUGAAGAAGGGCCGGGCCAGGCGGUUCCGGGACUGCAUCAGCCUCGUGCGGCACGCACACGCCGCCACACGCGUCGGGAGGCCGCAGGCGCACCGCGCGCUCGCCGCCGCAGUCUGCCGCGUCCUCGGCUGGGACGUCAAGCGGCUGCCAGGCAUCGUCAUCGACCCCCGCCGCAGGCUGGGCCAGGCGCUCCUUGCCAGGGAGGGCGCAAGCGCCGCUGCGGCCGCCGCCACUCACGAGGCAAAGGACAAUGCUGAUGCUGGGCAGAAUGGUCACAAGGAUGCAGCGAAGGAGGAUGUUGGUUUGGAGAAGAUGGGCUCCUUGAAUGAUGACAGGAAGGAGGAUGUUGAUAAAGGGAAGAUCUGCCCUCCAAGUAAUAACAAUGAUGGAGAGGUUCAUGAGCAAGGGAAUAGUAGAGGAAUUGCUGAAAAGGAAGGUGAUAUUGGCAAUAAACAGGAGCAUGGUAAGAGUGCAGAUGAUAUGGGGGGCACUUGUAAUGUCAGACUAGAAAACAAUUCAUCAAAGAUGGAAGAAGCUGCUACAGAGAAUAAGGAGGAGCAUACUGAAGGUGUUGUUGACUUCGGAGAUGAUAUUGGUAACUUGGGAAGGAAUUUAAUGGACUCAUCAAAGAGUUGA